AUGGUAUCAGAUCUAACAGUAUGGAGAUGGCUUCUUUUUUGUAAUAGCAAUAAUGAUUGUGAAAGAGCAUGUGGUGGACUUGGAGAAUGUAAAUCUAAAUGUCCAAAUUUUUAUUUAAAAAAUAACCUUAAAAAUGAUUUUGACAUGCACAAAUGCGCAGUUCAGUUUAUUAUAAAAGUUAUGCAUUCUGACAUUAAAGAGCCUUUACCAGUACAGUUAGUUAUUAAAGAUACAUAUAGAUCAUUGUCAAUACCUGCAGCAGAACCAAAAUUAGGCAGAAUCAAUUUGAAUCUUCAAACUCGUAAUAUGGCAAUAGCUACACAUUGUAGACAUC